ACGGCCGCCGCGCGCCCUCGCGGCCCUUUCCCUCACCGAACUCCAACGUUAGUUUGAAAAUAGCAGCGCUUCAAACGCAACGUUUGCCGCUCUCCCUGGCUGUGGGUACCUGGCUGCCGCAGGCGCGAGAGCCACCGAGAGGAACCUGCUAUAUACAAAUCUACCUCAGCUUUUUGAUGAGCAAACAUGGCUGUCACAUUGCACACUGAUGUCGGAGAUAUUAAAAUAGAAUUAUUCUGUGAGCGAACACCAAAAACUUGUGAGAAUUUCCUGGCUCUUUGUGCUAGUAACUACUACAAUGGCUGCGUAUUUCACCGGAAUAUAAAGGGCUUCAUGGUUCAGACAGGGGAUCCAUUAGGCACUGGGAAAGGAGGAAACAGCAUCUGGGGCAGGAAGUUUGAAGAUGAAUUCAGUGAAUACCUGAAGCACAGUGUCCGUGGAGUUGUUUCAAUGGCAAACAAUGGUCCAAAUACCAAUGGUUCACAGUUCUUCAUCACUUAUGCCAAGCAGCCACAUCUGGAUAUGAAGUACACUGUCUUUGGGAAAGUUAUCGAUGGCUUGGAGACCUUGGAUGAGCUGGAGAAACUGCCUGUGAAUGAAAAAACCUACCGGCCUCUUAAUGAUGUUCACAUUAAAGACAUCACAAUUCAUGCCAACCCUUUUGCUCUGUAACCCCCAAAUUUGUGGCUCUUUAAGACUAGUCAGAAUGACUGCUGGAUUAUGAUGUUUAAAAUGUCAUUAAGAAGAACUACGCAACGUGGAUCAUACCAUUGGUCCUUGGAUGCAGGACCUUCAGGAGCUGUGACAUUGGGAGUUGUCACAGGGAAGUCUGGCUGUCACUUCAGCAGCCA